GCCAGACUAGCUCUCUCGGAAGCAGAGACUUUUGAUGCAUUCAACAAGCUUCCCAGCCCAGCUCUGAUUUCAGCCAACCACUGUCAACAUGGAGGUGUCUUUUGUCAUCUGCCUCCUUACGGCAUCCCUUACUCUGGUUUUUGCAAAGUCCCAGGAAUGUACCGUUUGUCAAUCAAGUGGAAAGAACUGCCAAGGGAAUAAGGAAGUCUGCCCUACUCCGGAAGACAAAUGUAGCAUCAUUUUAUUGGAAAAGACUUUAGGGCCACCCAGCCAUGCCACCAAGAAGAGCUGCAUCCGUCCAGAGGAGUGUAACAAGGGCUUGGCUGUUCUGGACAUGGGCAACCAGCAGAUCAUCAAAGGCCACGUUUCCUGCUGCGAGGACAAUCAGUGCACCCAUAAUUUCAGCUUGCCCGCCAGAAAAAUUGUAACUACCAACAACAAAAGAUGCCCUGCUUGCUAUACUGAGCCAAAGGAACAGAGUGGAUGCCAGGAGAAGACGAUUAACUGCACUGGAGAGGAUGAGAUAUAUUGUGCAGAAGUGUUUCUUCAGAAGAAAGAAGGAGGGAAAAAUACGACCACCACCAUGAAAGGAUGCGCCAAUAAAGCUUUCUGUGAGAAGAUGGAGAUAUCAGCCAUUGUUACCCCAUUUACUUUACUCCCCAAUAGCAAUUGUAAGAACACCACCGGGGCAGUCGACACCACAACUGGAUCGUUUGGACUCUUCCUCUCGGCCCAGGCUGGGCUCUUGUUGGUGACCAUCUUUUCUUGAUAUGUCCCCAGCAUUAAAACUCAGAUCUUGCUUGUGAAUUCUUCCCCCUCUCCACUGCUUAUCCCUCUUUGGCUUCACGCAGGUCCUCACCUUUCAGGAAAAUCCAGAGCUUUCCUUGUCUGCGCUUCGAGGAUUGAUUCCCAAUUAUUUGCUCUGCUGGGAUGCAGGAAAUCCAGGGCCAACAUCAACCAAUAUAUUUCAAGAGGGUUGAUUGGCAGCAGCUAAAGCUCUUUCUAGUAAUGCUCCUCCUCUUCUUAGCUCUGUUACCAGUUGACCUGCCCACCUUGAACAAGCGAGCUGUGAAAGUUGCAGGGCGCCUUCGCUUUGUCGUCCCAUCCAGCAGGGUUGAAAAUGGACACCAAGGAAGUCAAGGAAAUGGGUAGUGAGAAGAAUGAAAAAAAAAAGUGGGGUGAUCUGUCCAAAAGAUAGGCCUUCUGAGGGCCUAAUGCCAAAAUUUGCCUCUAAUCCCAGAUGGGGCUUCUAAGGGUUGAGAACAGAAUGGAGGGAUAGUGCUGCUAGUUACUCAGAGAUGGGAUUAAUUUACCUUCCCAUCCGGUUCACUUUGCUCGUCUGCAGUAGGCGCACAUUACAUCUGGACGGGUGGGUGGAGCUUUCCGCAGUCGCCGCUACAGGUUUGCCCUAACUGGAGGGAACCGGCUGAAUCCCACCAAUGUAGUUACUGGACACUGAAGAGAGUUCGCUGCGGCAUCAUCAUUGUCACACUUCGUGGAAACCAUUGUAUUGUCAACUCUGAAGCUGGCCUGUUUGAGGCCAUCUUGGAGGCUUCACUGCUGCCACAACAGCGAUGAGGGAUAGAGGGGGGGGGGAAUAGAGAUA